AUGGCCCAGCACCCUUUGACUCCCAACGGUAGAAAAGCCGGGUCAGCGGGCGACACCGCUCUCGCCUUUUGGAAAGAUCACUUGAGUUGGUGGCAUGACUGGACACCAGCGCCUUCAAGUCCCAAAGGCGCCGGCCUCGUCCCCGUUUCUAUGCUUUGGGGUGGCGGCAACAAUGGUCAAAAAGACGCUCAGAGGCUGCAACAAUUUGAGCACCUCAACUCUACGCCCGCCUAUGUCAUGGGCUUCAAUGAGCCUGAUUGCUCAGGGGCUGAUGUAUCUGCAGACAUCGACGUCAACACAGGCGUCAGCUUGUGGAACAGUCUGAUUGCUCCCAUGGGCCAGAAAGGUGCUGCGCUUGGCAGCCCGGCCAUGUGUCGCCAGAAGGACGAGUCUUGGCUCAAGCAGUUCAACCAGCAGCAACUUACCAAGAGCUGGGACUUUACAUCCAUUCACAUCUUCAAGUCGGACAUGACGGGCGUGCAGGCCGAUAUCGACUACUACUGGAACACCUAUCAGAAGCCGCUUUGGGUGACAGAGUUUGCGUGCGUCUUUGACCAAAACAACUUUACGCCAUGCACGGAUCAGAACCAGAUCAACCAGUGGAUCAGCGAUAUUGUGGAUCUGUUUGAGGCCAAUGAGCAUGUUUUGGCGUAUGCGUACACUGAUGGCCUCGGCUUGGGCUCGGUCUGGCCUCCGGUGAAUAGCGAUGGAAGCCUCUCUCAGUCGGGCCAGGCAUAUCUGAAUGCAAUUAGCAAAUAUCAUUAA